GCGCGGGAGGAGGUGACCGCCAUCGGCGGCUACAACGCGUUCCUGGCGACCAAGCUGCCGCCGGAGCACCGCAUCUACGACCCGGACAAGGAGACGGUCGACUCCGGCAUGUCGACGUUCCUCACGGCGUUCCCCAGGGGCUUCGCCAUCGAGGUGCUGGACGUGUACGGCGGCCCGCCGAGGGUCGCCUUCAAGUUCCGGCACUGGGGUUACAUGGAGGGGCCGUUCAAGGGCCACCCUCCUCACGGCCAGCGCGUCGAGUUCUUUGGGGUCUGCGUCUUCCAUGUUGAUGAGGAGAUGAAGGUGGAGAAGGCGGAGUACUUCUACGAGCGCGGCAACUUCCUCGCAAGCUUCUUGAGCGCGCCUGCUACUGCUGCUGCUGCAUCGGCUUCAGGUUGUCCUGUGAUGAGAGGAAACUGAAGCACCAAAGAAACAUGUCGCUCAUAUCGUUGGAUGACCAGCUUCAGAUUUCAAAUUGGCUUUUGAUUUCAUGUGGUGGCAUUACAAUGUUUGAAUAAAGUGGCUUAUUAUGUCUGGUA